AUUAAGUCUCACAAAUAUGUUUUUUAGAAACCGAAGAGUUAACCACAUCAUAGAUAUGUAUUAGAUGUUGAAAUGUAAUAGGUUACCAAUCUGGUUCUGUUCUGCCAAUAGAACACAAGAAAAUGAAGUGUCAUACUAACUUUGACAAAAUUUAUUAGAGAAGCAAUGAAGCGAGAGAGAAAUUUGACUCACUGCUUGAUCCUGAUCGUCGUUGUGAUCUUGACAAAAGAUGAACAGUUCAUCUAGUUCUAAUCUUAGGGACAGCAAGACUGUCAUAGCAGCCAAAACAUUUAUUUCUGGUGGCUUGGCAGGUAUUUGUGCAAAAACAGCUGUUGCUCCUUUGGAUAGAGUGAAAAUUUUGCUUCAAGCUCACAAUCAACAUUACAAGCAUCUGGGUGUAUUUUCUACUGUGAAGCAUGUUGUGUUGAAGGAAGGAUUUACUGGGCUCUAUCAAGGCAAUGGAGUUCAGAUGUUAAGAAUUUUCCCCUAUGCUGCUAUUCAAUUUCUAAGUUACGAGCAGUUAAAAAAAGUAGCCAAACAUAUUCCUUUCUUCAAUCAUUCACCAAAUAUUUCAAAAUUGAUAUGUGGAUCUCUAGCUGGUUUGACAGCUGUGUUGAUUACUUACCCUUUGGACAUGAUACGAGCUCGAUUAGCCUUUCAAGUGAAAGGGGAAGCCAUAUAUGAUGGUAUAAUUCAUACCAUACAAUCUAUACGCCACCUUGAAGGAGGGACUAGAGGUUUAUAUCAAGGCAUUGUUCCCACUAUUCUAGGAAUGGCCCCAUAUGCAGGCCUAUCAUUUAGCAGUUUUGAAAUGCUUAAGAACUUUGCUCUUGACACAUUUCCUGAUUUGUUGGGUAAACCAUGCCCACAAAAUACUGGUGGUUUAGUCUUGAUAAUGCCAGCCAAACUUGUGUGUGGUGGUCUAGCAGGAGCUAUAGCACAAACUAUAUCCUAUCCACUUGAUGUGGUACGACGCAAGAUGCAGUUGUCUGGUAUGAUUGUAAAAUCAGAAAGUGAAGUUUUCCACUACCCGAGAGGUUGGUUAGGUGUCCUGGUAGAUGUGUACAGAGAGAAUGGAGUAAUAAAAGGCUUGUACAGAGGUAUGAGUAUCAAUUACAUACGAAUAAUGCCAACAGUUGCUAUAUCAUUUGCAACAUAUGAAACUGCCAAACAAGCUUUUGGACUGGACACAGGAGUAGAUAGAUGAUGAUAGCUUGCUGUAUAAAUUGUUUGUAAACAUUUUAAUUUUGAUAAUUUUUUUUGUGUAUGCUGUAACUAGAAUCCAGUUUAUUGUAUGUAAUAAUUAAUUAUUUUUUUUUACAUAAGAAACUAGAUGUUGACUUGAGGUAUUUUUCUGAAUCAUGUUAGAACAAAAAUGUAAAUUUUUUUUUUCUCUUUUUUUUUAAAUUUGAAUAUUUUGAAAGAACUCAGGGGAUUCAAAAAUCAUGUUUAUUCUGAAUUUUCUGAGACUGUACAUAAUUUGAUUUCUCUUACUUUUUUUUUAAAUGAUCAAUUUGAAUUAAUUCACAAUCAAACUAAAUCUAAACAUAAUGGAAACUCCUUUUGGAAGAGCAGGGAGAAUCCUACAUAUCAUUUCUAUUGCCAAGGAUUUCUAAAAUAUUUGAAUAUUAUUUUGUAAAGUAUGUCAAGCUCACAGACAACAUUUUUGGUUGUUGUGACUUUUCUUUUGGGGUGGUCACUUUUGUGUUCAUGUAUUGUAUUUCAUAGUCAAAGACAUUAAUAUUUAUUGAAAACUUCAAGAGAUUUGUUUUCAUGUAACUUUUUUUUUUCCUUUGAUGUCAAAUAUUGAUUUAUAUAAAUGCUCAUAUUAAAUUGUGAAGGUUUCUUUUAAAAACAUUUAAGAAUAUUUAAUUUACAAUGUUCUAAAAUAUUCUUUAAUUUGACUUUAAGUAAUAUAUCAGUUAUUAUUUGUUUCUUUUUUUAUUUUUUGGGCUGCCAACACAGUUCAAAGAAAAAUAGGGAAGAAAUUUUCUCAAUAUAUUUCUUUUUUUUUUUUUUUUUUUUUUUCCUUGUUUAAAGUGUAAACCAUCACAUGUUUACAUAAUGUGAUGAGAUAUAUAUACAUGUGUCCUGGAGACAAUGUAGACACACUAGGCACACAACUAUUGAGACAUCAGCUUAUAAUGGGCCAGCCUGUAUCCCAUUUCAAACCACUAGCUAAUUACUAGCUGCAUCAAUAUUGAAAAAUAAACUAUUGCUAAGUUUUUCAUUUCAAUCUAUAUAAUAUAUUAUAAUUCCUUCACAUUUCCCUACUGGAGCUUGUUCCUGAGACAAGUCAUAAUCCAAUCUGCCUUUGCUAUUCUGUGAAUGUUGGAAAUGUAUUUUUGGUGUAAUGUGGUAUGAUUGUAUUUUCUGAAUAUUCCUAACAUUCCACAGCCUACACAAAUUUGAGUAGCCACAGGGCUUGAACUUAGCAUAAGGAGAUGUCAACAAACAAUUGUUGUGCUAACUCUUGUAAUAGGAUUGAACUUGUGCUAAAGUAAUAUCCUGGUUUAGUGCUAGAGUUUGACAAUUUACUUAGUUCAUCUGACCAAGUGGCAUUUUUUGUAUUUUAUAAUCAUUAUAAGCCAAGUUAAGAAAUCUAAAUAAUUGAAUCUCACAAAAUAUCAUAUCCAAAAGAAAAAAUGUAAUCAUUGGAUCUCUCUGUUGGCACAUUCAUAAAUGAAAGACUUCAUCUUAAAAUAUGUUCUUUGCUAAAAUUGAAGAUAUUAAUUCUCAAAAUGUUUGUAAUGCUUCAUGUAACAGUGUAGCAUAUUUUGUAGACACUAAACAAUAUGCAAACCAUUUUUUUAGAUUUUAUUCUUAAACUUUACAGUUAAAAACAAUAAAUUUUUAUAAAGCACAGAAAAUAGAACACAUUUGUGAAUGAAGCCUUCCAAUACUGUCACAUUUGUGAAUGAAGCCUUCCAAUACUGUCACAUUUGUGAAUGAAGCCUUCCAAUACUGUCACAUUUGUGAAUGAAGCCUUCCAAUACUGUCACAUUUGUGAAUGAAGCCUUCCAAUACUGUCACAGUAACAAAUUGUUGUGAACACUUAAAAUUUGCUCGUCUUUAGAAACAAAAAAAUGAUGAUGGAUUGCAUGAGGUGUACUUCUACUAGGCUGUUUAAGUGUUAUUGUUUAUCUAUUGAUUUACUACAAAGUUGCAAACUUGAGAUUCUCAUAUUAAAUUAGUCAUAUUGAUUUAUUA